UCUUCCUUCUCCAAAAACUAGAUACCUUUUCGUGUCAUUACUCAUCUUUUAACAGCGAUAGAGGAGGUUGUCCCGAUACAUAAAGAAGGAAAUAAGAAACCAACAAUUAUACUAAUAGACAAGAACCAUUCAAUGCUGCCCCAUCGUCUUUCUAUGCUUAACAAAUUUAUCCAAACCAAUCAGGUUUCCAUUAUCAACUUGCCUUUCUCGGGUGGUCAGCCCAAGAAAGGUACCGAGGAUGCUCCUGAAUUGAUUGAAAAAGCCGGUAUUCAAAGUGAUUUGGAAAAUUUGGGUUACUCUGUUCGUUACAUUCAAAAUCCUUCCUUUAAAACCCCUCCUCAGAUCGAGGGUCCUAGCAAGGACAUCAUUAAGAACCCUCAAUAUGUCAGUGAUGUAUGCCGACAGGUGCGUGACACAGUCAAACAAGAAUUGAGUCAACAACGUCUUGUUGUCAACGUUGGUGGUGAUCAUUCUUUGGGCAUGGGCACUAUUGAGGGCGUUCAAUCUGUAUACGACGAUGCUUGCGUUCUUUGGAUUGAUGCUCACGCUGACAUCAAUACCCCAGAGUCAUCUCCCUCGAAAAAUCUUCACGGCUGUCCCUUAGCCUUCUCCCUUGGCUAUGUUGACCCUGUUCCUCCCGAGUUUGCCUGGACAAAACGUGUCAUCGACGAAAAGCGUCUCGCUUUUAUCGGUCUCCGUGAUUUGGAUCCCCAAGAACGUGCCUUCCUUCGUGAACACAACAUUGCUGCCUUUACCAUGCAUCACGUCGACAAGUACGGUAUUUCUAAGGUUAUAGAAAUGGCUUUGGAGCACAUUAACCCCGGCAACCGUCACCCCGUUCACUUGUCUUUUGACGUCGAUUCAUGCGAUCCCGCAGUUGCUCCUUCCACCGGCACUCGUGUUCCCGGUGGGUUGACUUUUCGUGAAGCCAUGUAUCUUUGUGAAGCAACAGCUGAAACUAGCACCUUGGUUGCCAUCGAUGUUAUGGAGGUCAACCCUCGCUUGGGCAAUGAGGAGGACUCGGAAGCCACUGUCAAUUUGGCUCGAUCCAUCAUCCGUACAAGCUUGGGUCAAACCUUGCUUUAGCUUUGUAUAGUUUAUGGCCUUUAUGUUUAUAUCAAAAAAAUACUAUUUAAUGAAUUCAUUAUGUUAGCUAGAUAGCUAAGCUUUUGGAGGUUCUUUUCGAUUUCGAUAGAUAUUAGAGUACAUCAAUAAAUCUCAUUAGUGCGCUAGUCGUGAAGUUC